GGAGAAAGUGAAAAGUAACCAGUUUAGGAGGAGAGGGGAUCAACCCAGGUCUAGAUGGGCAAAUACCUUCCCUUCCCCCCAGGUCUAAGCCUCCGCUGGCUGCUUGUCAAUAGCAGGGCUGAGGUUUCUGCCGGCAGAAACAAGAUAGGAUUUCUGGAUGGAGUCCAGAAACCAAUGGGUGGCCGACUCCUCCCCCAGUGCCCAGUGGAGCUGCCCUGUAGAGGAGAGAAAGAGGGGAGGGAGCGAAAGCCCAGGCCAGAGGCGUGGGAGCAGGGUGCUUAAAGCAUCCUCCCCCCCCCCCCCCCCACCGCACCUUGCAUCUCCCAGACCCCAAGUGUCCGGGGUGCGGUGCCAGGAGCCGGUGGGAAAGAACGGGUGCUGAGCUCGGUCAACCAGCAUCAGCCCAGCGGUAUCCGUGGAGAGAGCCGACGCGGGGUGGUGGCGGAAAGUCGAGCCAAGAGAAAGUCCAGCGAGGCGAAGACCCAACACCACACACCGCGCCUCGUUGACGGGACACCCCAGAUCGGAGUCCUGAGACCCGCGAACCUAGAGAGCGGAGGAAAGACCCGAGAGGGCUGCCGCAGUCGGUCCUGUGGGAGGCGGCGUCUGGGCGCCCAGUGCCCUCCUGGAGCGCCACGCUAGUCUGCGAAGCGCCCCCGCAGCAAACCUCACCCCGGGAAAGAUCGCGCCAGUCCAGGCUUAAAAGUCGUCUUGGAAACUGAGCGGCACGCGCCUAGCUCCACGUUCCUGCUCCUGAUUCCUCGGAGUCCUCAGCUUCCUGAUUGGCGACAGUGAGACCCUGCACGGAGCUGAGAAACCUGUUCGGCCGGAGACAGCUGCUGGACCCCCAACUUGCCGCAAGGAGAGCGCCUCCAGAUCGCCGGAGGGCACUUUUGCAGCCGGGGUGAUCCCCCCAACUCUCCACUGCCUUCGGGGUGCAGGGCGGACCCGCGCGCAUGGAGGACCACACCGAGCACCCUGAGCGCGCGAACGCGUCGAGCCUGGGCACCUUGCCCCAGCCUCCGCCGGCUAUACAAGCGGUGACCUUGACCCUGGUGCCUCUCGUGUGCGCCAUGGGUGUGGCCGGCAACGCCACGGUGGUCCUGGUGGUACUCCGGGGCCGUCACAUGGUCACGCCCACCAACUGUUACUUGGUGAGCCUGGCCGCGGCGGACCUGCUGGUGCUCCUGGCGGCCGGAGUGCCCACCGUCGCCGAGGCGGCGUCCGCCCGCGUUUGGGUCUUCGGCCACGCAGGCUGCCUGGGCAUCACCUACCUGCAGUACGUGGGCAUCAACACGUCCACGGGCUCCAUCGCCGCGUUCACGGUGGAGCGCUACCUCGCCAUCUGCCACCCGCUGCGCGCCCAAACUCUGUGCACCGUGGCGCGGGCCAAGCGCAUCGCGGCUUUGGUGUGGCUGGGCACCGGCGCCUACUGCGUGCUCUGGCUCUUCCUGGUGGACACACGCGAGACCGCGUACGCCGACGGCGUGCAGGUGCAGUGCGGCUACCGCGUGUCGCGCUCUCUCUACCUGCCCGUCUACUUCCUGGACUUCGCGCUCUUCUACGCGCUGCCCCUGGGCCUGGCCACCGUGUUCUGCGUGCUCAUAGCGCGCGUCCUCUUCGCGCGGCCGCUGCCUCCUGCGCACCCGGGGCACUGGGGCUCUGCGCACCAGGGCAGCCCCGCGGGCCACCAGCGCUUCUCCUGCAGGGGCAAGAAAGGCGCCCUCAACUCCCGGAAGCAGGUCACCAAGAUGCUGGCUGUGGUGGUGGUGGUUUUUGCUCUGCUGUGGCUGCCCUACCGCACCCUGGUGGUGGUGAAUUCCUUCCUGAGCCCGCCCUACCUCAACCUUGGCUUCCUUCUCUUCUGCCGGCUUUGCAUCUACCUGAACAGCGCGGUCAACCCCGUCAUCUACGCCCUUAUGUCCCAGCGCUUCCGGGAGGCCUUCCGGGGACUAUUUCAGUGCCAGCUGGCCCGGCCCAAGCUCCCGCCCCAGGAGGCCACCCCUGUGUACUACAGUGUCAUCAAAGACUGUCCCCAGAUCAGACUGGGCUCUUAGAGGGAACCAGGGAGCAUGAUGUGCAGACAGGAACCUGGCACCUGAGGGCAAGGCCCACUACUUUAUUUCUACCGAGGAGGGAGCGGUGGAGGAGGGAGUGGCGUCCAGGGCUGUUUAGCAGAGGUGCGCAGGUUGUGCACUUUACAACCCUAGGGGUCACCGUUCACAUCACAGCCUAGAUUUGUAUAUUUAGUAAAACAAUUUCCCAGUUUAAUAAAUAGACAAAUCUAAGCGGGAGGCACCUUUUUAUAAUUUACACAAAGGCACUCGAGGGCCUAGAGGCAGCCUGGGUGGGUCAACAUUUGCAGAGACUGAGUAGGGUAGGAGCUAUUACCGGGGAUCUCUUGGGAAUCUGUGGGCCCUCUUCCUGAAAAUUCAGAGAGCCUUCCCCCACCCAAGGAUAAACCCCAGACGCUGCCUCCCUCUGAAUGGUGACAUGUGACUCUGUCGGGGACCUGCUCCACACAGGGCAGCCUGCUGGGCAUUACAGAUACUACGGCGAGGAUGCCAGCAGGGCCCCUGCUCUCGGGAGCUCCCAGUCUAACGGGGAGGGAGGAAGGACAUGUCCAUCCUGGCACUGGAGUCCUGGCUGAUGUGCCCAAGGAGGCAGCCAAGUGGGUGCUGGAGACAUCUGUCUUGUUUCAACUGGGCCUGAGCCCUCUGGUCUGUGGCCUGGGUCCAGGCUUCUAGGACCACCCAGCUUGGUGGUGCAGGGAAGGAGGACAGGGAAGGACUUCUAGAACCAGCUUUACCACAGGCAGGGUCUCCAGGACUUCAUUUAAGGGAAUAUGGGACGUUCCCUCCCCUGCCCCCACCAAAUCUACUUAUAUUUUUUUCUCUAUAGGUGCCACCAAGCCACCGUGGGUACUUAUUUGAAGUUGUUGAGGAUUGUGUUUUCCAGAUACACACAUGAGGAGUUAACUGAGUCCCUGAAACUUCAGUGUGGAUGGGAAGUUCUUGAAAGCUUUUCCUCUAGAAAGGAUUUAGGGUGCCAAAGUUUGCAGCACAAAGAAGAUAGCAUCGACGGGUAGGAAGAUAGGGCAGAGAUGGUAAUUAGGGCAGGGAGGACAGGGGGUUUCUAGGACCUUGGCAAAGCAUUGUUAGGGUAAGGUGGUCCCUUUGGGGUCCUCACUCAUCGGGCUCAGGAAAAACUCAAAGACAUCUUAUAGAACAGGUUGGGCUAAGAUUUACUGUGUAGGGAGUAAAGUUCAAGUCGAGGGUCAGGGAGAGAAGAAAAUGCACAGGUCCCCCCAUCCUACCGUUACCCGGCACAAUGAUUUACUGGACUCUCAGUGUAAGUGAUUGUGUUCUGGGGGAAGGACCCCACACCUAUCACUGUCCCUUCUUGUGGGGGAGCAUGUGAAAGCAGCCUCAUCAAUGAAGGGAAGCGACAAACUGGGCACCAGGCAGAAGGGAUUGAGGUUGCCUGUGGUUCACCGUUGUCUGGGGACUGCACCUGCUUUUGGGGACACUGGGGAAGGUACAGCCUCUCCUGCGGAGGAAAGGACCCCUGGUCUCAGGGGAGCUAAGAAGGAGGCACUCCUCCUCGAUGACCCAGCUGGCUUGGUGCCCAGGCAACCCUGUGAGAAUUUUUGGGAGCCACUUUCGGACGACUCUGUACCUGGCAGGAUUUUUCUUUGAACAUCCCCUACACAAUGGCAUGGGUUCACCCGGCGGCCGCAGAAGUGGUAUUAGGCAUUUUAUUAGCAUCCAUUCGCUUUGGUUCUUUGACUUCUGAACAUCCUUUCUGUACAUGGGAAGUCACCGACGUGUAAAUAUUGCUUAGGAAGCAGGGCACUCACUCCCACUAUGAAAACCUCAAAAGCCACACACUUGCUUUCUUCACCCCUGGCACAUGGCGGUGAGCCAUGUGACUUGGGUUCAGCUAAUCAGACGCCCGGGAUUGGAAUCUUCAGCAGCUGAUACAAAUGCACGGGGAGAGCAUUUUAUUUACAAUGUGGCAACAGUAACAGUGGUGUCCAUUAUUCACUGGCGGUGGAGGCAGCCUCAGCAGCAUGACAGCCAAGGCCUGGAGCAGUGGUGGCAGUGGCAUCCCCACCAGAGGUAGUUGAUUCCUGCCGUUCAGCCUACCCUCUUUCUCACCGUAUUCUGACUUGGUUCUAUGAGCCUCCUGACACCCUCAUUAAAAAGUCCCCCUCUUUGCUGAUCUGAGUCAAUGUCUGUUGCUUGCAACCAGAUUUCCUGACUGAUCCUGAGGCAUUUAACCUCUAACUCUUCUCUGGGCUCUGACAAGCUAAGCCAAGGGGAUUCCCUAAUUCUGAGAUUCUUCUCCAACCGUGUCCUAGCAUUUCUACCUGGAUGGCAUACCCACGAGAGCCAAUCUGAAUCACCCUCUUCUACCCGGAUCGCUUCCACCCCACUCCUGAGCCAAAACCCUGGAGUCAACCCACUUCUGCCCCCUUCCUCCCUUCAUAUCCAAACGGUUACUGAUGGUUGUAAGUUUCUGAUCAUCUCAACUCCCAUCUCUUCCUGGAUCCCAGCCUCCUCGCCGACCUGCCUUCAACCUCUCCUGCUCAUCUCCAUUUCUACAUGGACUGUGCACAUCCGAGGGCACCCGCGGGGUGGUCACUAUGUACGUGAGCUUCGGGGUCAAACUGGAGCUGGAGUCAGUAUUCACCCCACCACUCCCUGAAGUGUGACCUUAGCCAAGUUACUGAGGAGAAUGACACCUUGUCCACGUUUGCCCAGGACGGCCCCAGUUUUAGUUUUGAAAGCUCCUGGGAAAAUCCUAUGUAUAUUUAUACAUUAUUAAUGAUAUCUAUUUCUACUUAACGUAGGCUUGGUGAUCACAUCUGUGAAAUAAGGCCCCCAGUAGUAUUUAAUCUGCAGUAUUGUUCUGGUGAUUGCUAUGGGACAUAGAAAGUGCUUGCCCUUAGUGAGCCUAAAAUAAAUGCUAUCUACUUAAAACUA